CCAAGUACAAAAGCCAAGUACAAAAGCCAUUGCCAAGUCACAUACUACCACAAAGUCCGACUACACCUCUCAUUACAGCAGAAAUGAGUCCACGCGACGAGGGUGUUCAAGCCCAGAGUUCCGACCUGACACAGACCACGCAUACCGAUUACACCCAGAAUAACAGCGAGGCAAAGAACAAUAUCCAGAGCAAGAAGGAAGGGGGCAGAGACAGUCAAAACAGCAGCGAAGAGAGCAACCGAAACAAGAGCCAGGAACGCGAUUAUGAACGAGAAAACGACGAUGGGAAAGAAAAAAUGAAGGAGCAUGAAGAGAGCAACGACGAGCACAACAACGAAGGAAAGGAAGAGUCUGAGCAGCAAUCCGGAGAUGCCGAAUCAAGCAAUGGCGUUGGCAAUGGCGGAUCCAAGCAUCCCAAAGUGAGCAAGGAGGCACUUGAAGGGCCCCAGUCACCGGCCCCAACGACGAAAUAUAACUUUGAUGAAGAGGCAAAGAACGAUGGCGCCGGUACGAAGUCCGGUAAAGAUAAAACCGACAAAUCCAAGGAUCAGAAGAAAGACUCAGACGAUAAGAAAGACAAGUCCUCCGAGCACAAGCACGGUGGGGCCUUGGGGCAUAUAAAAGACAAAUUGCAUGGGCAUCAUGGACGGUAGUUCCUCUUGGGGGAGAAAUUGUAUAUAGCCCGUCUUCUCUCCGUGACAUGGGCAACGUUGGAUAAAGCAGCGUUUCUGCCCGGCGUGUAAAAAGGCA